AUGUCGUCUUCCACAGAGCAGACCGAAGCCUACCUCAACGAGCUCAACUUCACCGGUGGCUUCCCCAUUUCUUCGGACCUUGCUCCGUCGAUCAUCUUUGCCAUUGUCUAUGCCGCUCUCAUCCCAGUCGUCACCUACCGCUGGUUCCGCCGCGAGUCGCGCACCCUUCUCCUGAUCCGCCCCACCCUCUUCGUCUCUACGCGCUUGGCGACCUGGAUCAUGCGCGGCAUCAUGGCCAAGACCUCGUAUGGCCAGAACGAACUCAUUGGCGAGCUCGUCCUCGUCUCGAUCGGUUUCCUCUUCCUCAUCUCGCCCAUCAUCGAGCUCUGGAAGCGCCACGUUCUCUCCGAGGUGUCCAUGGCCGACCGCCCCCGCUGGGUCGCCACACUCACCAAGAUCUGCCAGCUCGUCCUUCUCGCUGCCGUCAUCACCGCCGUUGUCGGCGCGUCCAUGAUGAGCUACGACACCUCGACCACCACCAUCAACGCCCUCCGCCGCGUCUCGUACAUUCUCUCCAUGGUUGUCGUGGUCAUCACCCUCCUCGGUGUCGUCUACACCCACUUCCACUUUACUCUCAACACCCGCGGCACCGCCUUCCUCGUCUGGGUUUGCGCCGUCUGCACCAUCUGUUCCGUCUACCGCAUCGUCCAGAUCUUCAGCACCAACCCCGACUCGGCCGUCCGUUCCCACGCCGCCUUUUACGUUCUCCAGGCUGCCAUGGAGGUCCUUGCUGUCGUUCCUCUCCUUGCCAUCAACAUGAACGCCAUGUUCCCCGGCGAGAACGACCACUCGGAGCACAGCUCGGUUCAGGACGUCGAGAACCAGUACAAGGAGGCGCCCACCCAGGAGGCCCCUCGCUACUAA